AUGGCCGUCCCCCAAUCGGUUCUCAUCACUGGAGCGAAUAGAGGAAUCGGUCUUGGCCUCGUGCACGCCUAUUUGAAGCUUUCUGGAGUGAAACAUGUCUUUGGAACGGCUCGUGAUCCCGCGGCGGCUACGGAAUUUGCCUCUAUCAAAGAUCCCCGAUUCCAUGCUCUUAAAAUGGAUGUUCUCUGUGAUGAAUCGGUGAAGAAAGCGGCUGAAGAGACGACAAAAAUUCUUGGCUCUGACGGACUGAACUUGUUGAUCAACAACUCGGGAAUCUUUGAGAAAUACGAUGUCCUAGAGACACCCGAUCGAAAAACGCUGAACAAGGUGAUCGAAGUGAAUGCAACCUCGCAACUCAUCGUCACCCAGUUCUUCUUACCACUCCUCCGGAAAGCCGCCGCCUCAACAAGUGUAUGGGGAAUUCAACGGGCAGCUGUGAUAAUGAUGUCAUCGGGAGCCGCCUCGAUUGUCGACAAUACAAGUGGAAGCAAGUUCAUUCCAGCUGUCGCUUAUCGCAUGAGCAAGGCUGCUUUGAAUCAAUUGAUGAAAACGCUGGCUGUUGACUUUGAGCCCCACGGUAUUCUCGUUGCUUCGAUCGCCCCGGGGCACGUAGCAACCGAUAUGGGAGGGAAAAAUGCCGACAUUACGGUGGAUGAAUCGUGCUCAGCGAUGUUGGACACGUUCUCAAAAUGGAAAAAAGAACACAGUGGAGGAUUUUUCCGACGAAAUGGAGAUCCAUUCCCAUUC